CUAAAUCUGAUAAAAACUGAUUUUCCCAAACCGUCUGCAUCGAUUCAAAUUAUCAGUUACCCGAAAAUGUUAAAAUAUUUGGCGGGAAUAUUUGCCAAGCCGCGAAAUGACUACGUGGAUGGUCGUCUGACCACGCCAUUGACCAAAAAGAUGGCCAGCAUUCGCGACCCGCAGCCUAGGAUAUCCCUGAAGACCAUCAUAAAUAGGGACAGGAUUACGACUUGUAAGGGGAAGGGGAAUAGGAAUCCCCAGGUGUCGCGACCCCAAAGCAGAUCCCCCCGGAAAUUCGCCAAAUCCCAUGUGGAUCCCAUUAGCUAUAUAGUCGAUGUGUCGAACUCCUCUUCGUCCCUCGAUGAGGGGGAAACCAUUCCGCAAUUACCAAGCAAUACGAAGCUUUUGGAGGAUCAGAAUAAGAAUAAGAAAUCUAGAGAAUUUAUACCCGUUCCACCGCCUGUUAGCCGUGUCCAAAGUUGGACAGGUCCUUUCAAUGCCAAUCCCUUCAAUGAACAUGAUAACCUCUCCACUUCGAGGCAGUUUUCCAUCAACGGAGAACAGGAUCCUAUGGGCUGGGAGCUGGACUGGCUUCCAGAAGAGUUUUGGUCAGCGAGUUCGGAACCAGAGGUCAUUAACAAAGAAAUUUGAAGAAAU